CUAAUGAAGGCAGCGCCAGUGGCCUCAACUUAGCGCCACGAAAUAUUUGGAACAUGCCCAAUUUCGUGAUUUUAGGUCAUUCUUCAUCUUUAUGACUUUAAACAUUUUUGGAAUUAGAGGUCAUAGUCUUGCUUAUUUGACGUGUUACCGUACUACUUACUAGGAUGACAGGCACGAUUCGAAUCAGGGAAAUGAGGCCAGAAGACAGUGAUUUUGCUGCGAAGUUACUUGUUACUUGUUUUAGAAAAACUUUUGAAUGGGCCGUUGGAGAGAAAAAUUUGAAUGGAGUUAUAAAUAUAGAAAAGCGUUCAAUGCAAAAUGCACCAUCGUGCUAUUACAAGCAUUCGUUAAUUGCCACCAUAUCCGAUCAACUUGUUGGUGUUUGUGUUCUCAAGAUGAAAAGCGACAGCAAUCCUAAUGAGGGAAGUUUUUGCUACACCUAUUCAAAUGUUGGAUGUCGAGGUUGCUGUGGGUUGUGGUGUAUGGGAGUUUGUUCAUCGUACUUCAUGCAUGAAAAUUUGUUUGAAAAAAGUUCAUCAUGUUACUUAGAUGUAAUAUUUGUUCAUCCAGAGUUUCAGCAACGCGGCAUUGGUAGCCGCCUUCUUUGUGAAGCUGAGGUCAAAGCUGCAGAGUCUGGGUGUAAUAAAAUAUACUUGUGGGUUGAGGCAGAUAAUUAUCAAGCUAUUCACUUAUAUAAACGACAAGGCUAUUCGGUAAUCAGAGAUGUUGAUGGAGUAUGUUUUACCUAUUGUGGUUUGGGAUCAAGAUACUAUUGCAAGAUGGAAAAAUAUUUAUAGUUGAAAUGUUAUAAUAUGCUGUAUUACAUUUGCACGUUGAAUAUUGUUAUUUUUAAUACCUAUAUUGGAUUGAUAAAAGUUAAUUUUGAAGAGAUUCAAUGCAUUACUCUUAUCUUUGUUUCUUCUAUAGCAGAUUAUAGACGAAGUUUUAAAGUCCCUCAUUAAGUGUUAUUGCAUAUUAACAUUUACUAUGCUAUGCUAAUUUUUCAGUGUAAUUGUUCAUGCUGUUCAGAAAUUCUCUAGUAAGGCGUCUGAUAAGGCAUAGAAUAAAUAUACAGAUAUUUUAUGUGCAAAAUAAAUUGUUAUAUGCGGAAUUGUCACCAUUAAGGCAUGCGCAACUGCCUUUUUUGUCUUGCCUAAGAUGGAUGCUGAAAACUGUGACAGGCAGCAUGAAUCAAGAAAUGACGUUGCCUUGUAUGUUCUCAAAGAGAGCCUAUAACAAUGGGAUUGACCAGAAUGAUAGGUUGCCUAAAUCAUGUGAAUCUGAGAUGGCACAGAAGCAAGGUCACCAGACUCCAAAACCCCCAGGAUAUAAGGAUAUUUAUAUCACUGUUACAUCAGCUCGUGCUGUCACCAUUGCCAACAAAGCAUUUUCCCUAGGAACUAAAAAGUUGAACGAGCUAUUUUUUGAUGGCUGUAUCAGGUUGAAUGGCAAAAGAUUACAAAAGAAAAGUGUGCAGGCUUCCACAGGAGAUGUUAUUGAUGUGAUAUUAGAAACAUCUGACACCGAAGUGAUAUUGCAAAGAGUUGAAAUAUUGGUAGAAGAUGAUGCAACUGCAAAAGGGAAUGAACGUUUUUAUAUGAGAAGAUGGAAGAGAUUAAAGCUGCCAUUGUUGGAUAAUAAUAAAGAGCCAUGAUAUUUUAUUUCUCAGUAUCCUUCAUACCAUUUGUGUUGAUUCAAAAUCUGCCAGCUCGCAGAAGUGAUGAUUCAAAUAGUUGAAUAUUGCAGUAAUUAUCAGUUUCUAUACAUGCAAAAAACUGACAUCUCGGGUACAAAUCAUCUUUAUAAUGUACAAUUUCUUUAAAAAUGAUUUCGUCAUCGCAAAUUUAUCUUCUAUGGCGUUUAAUUCAAAAGAAUAUCACUAAGUGUAUUGGUAAGAACCAAACAAAUGUGAAAAAUAAUUGAAGUACUAAAAUUGGUGAUUAUAAAAAUUUGACAAUGGUAAAUUUAUAAUCAGUUUUCGGUCGAAAUGUAUUGUUCACGAUUUUGUUGCAAAGUCGUCUAUUCAAGGUCCGCAGUUGAUGCUUUCUUUAAGCUAUCUUGUAGUAGGAUUUGCACAUAAAUAAAAUUUAAUAACGAAAUCUGUUUUACUAGAUUACUUUCAUAUGUCCGAAGUACGCUGCAUAUCUCUUGCAGUAGGUCGAAAUAAUUUUGAUAGACAACGGGAUAAGAUCACUCGAAAUUGCUUUGUAACCAUUGUGAGGUAAUAAGCUAAAACAUAUUUUAGUUAGGAACAACAUAACUUUUGUGCAAAACGUUCCAGAUUUUCCGACACUUUUGGGUACAAACAUACGCAACCAGAAGUUGAAUAUUUCACUCCAUUUUCGAAGAAGUAAUUGAGAAAUUGAUAGUUUAGUUUUUUUGGGGACUACGAUGUAUAAUUCUAUUUUUAAUAUAAAUCAGUUAAAUAUGCCGCCUAAGACACUGUAUUCGAAGGUUUGAACUUACG